GUUUGGUUUUACACGCUACUGACGCUAUAAUUUCCUAGAUUUGCUAAGUACCGUUAACUAUUUAGCGAUUUUAGCGUCAAUAUUCAAUUACUAUAAGCUGUUUUAUAUUUCUAGUCAGUGUACCAUAAUUCAUUAUCGAGAGUGAUUUAAAACCUCGAAAUGUCAGCAGUACAAGGAGCACCAGGAAACAAACCUUGGCCGGUUAGACCUGGCGUACAACACCAGAACAGCCAGAAUAACAACAAUUUGACGCUAAACAGGACGAUAAACCUGUACCCGCUGACUAAUUACACAUUUGGCACGAAGGAGCCAUUGUUUGAGAGGGACGCUUCGGUGCCGGCUAGAUUUCAACGCAUGAGGGAGGAAUUUGUAAAGAUUGGCAUGAGAAGGUCUGUGGAAGGUGUCUUAUUAGUGCAUGAACAUGGUCUGCCACAUGUUCUGCUGCUGCAGUUAGGAACUGCCUUCUUCAAGCUGCCGGGCGGAGAACUCAACCCUGGAGAGGAUGAAAUUGAGGGACUGAAAAGGUUACUAACAGAGACACUCGGCAGGCAAGACGGAGUCAAGCAAGAGUGGCUUAUUGAAGAUACCAUUGGCAACUGGUGGCGACCGAACUUCGAGCCCCCGCAGUACCCAUACGUGCCUCCCCACAUCACGAAGCCUAAGGAGCACAAACGCCUCUUCCUCGUCCAACUCCAGGACCGGGCCCUCUUCGCCGUCCCCAAGAACUACAAGCUGGUGGCCGCUCCACUCUUCGAGCUGUAUGACAACGCUCAGGGCUACGGACCUAUCAUCUCAUCGCUCUCGCAGAGUCUGUGCAGAUUUAACUUCAUUUAUAUGUAAAAGUGAUUACAAAAGUCCUUAAGAACUAAAAGCUACUCUAUGAACUUUUUGACAAUGCUUGGGGCCACAGACUUAUAGACUCUUCACUGUCACAGAGUCUGUGGAGAUUUAACUUUACAAAUUUAAAUGUGUGUGGGAAUGACUAUUUGUAGUUCUUAUAUCGAAUUGGCAUGAUAUGUACGAGUUGUUCAUAUAAUAAGUUUCUGAAUAUAGCUUAUACACAGUGCUCGUGAGCAUUGCGAAAGAUUUUAACAGUACAUUCCUGAUCCCAUUUUGAGACUAAAAUGUCAUACAUACUUUUCUGGAUUUCGCCUAGUUUCAGAGUUAUUACCAAUUGAAAAAAAA